AUGGGAUCUGUUCCAGAUAGACACAUCCUCUCGGGGAUUCCGCAACUCACCCCUCUUGAGCAGAUCAGCCCCAGGGGGUGGGUGCGCUAUCUCUUUCCCUUCAGACUUUCGGAGAACUACGACCCUCAAGUCAUCGCCAGGAUUCUUCGUCAGAGUCUUUCGGCUACCAAGGAGCGUUUUCCAACAUUGGCCUGCGAGGCUUUGCCAGACCCUGAAGCCAGACAAGCCAACGCUAUCAAACUCCAAGCAAUUACCGACAACGAUAUCGAGCCCGUCAUCAUCAAUGAUUUACGUCAUUCAGAAAUUUUCAAACCUUCUUUUGAAGAACUUGAGGCCGAACACUUCCCGGUUUCCAGCUUCCCAGCUGAAACCUUCACCCGCUGCGCCAUUUGGCCUGCCCCUGGGGAACGCAUACCUAUCACCACUGUCCAAGCUAACUUCAUUCGAGGCGGCUUGAUUCUCAACUGGAACCUGUUUCAUCUCGUAGGUGACGGGCAAGCAUUCUACAACUGGAUUCGAGUGUGGGCCGAGGAAACUCGCCGGGCUCAAGGUCUCGAGAUAUCGGACCCGAUUUGCUAUGAAGAUCACAUCUACAUGGACCGUCAAAUUGCGCAAUGUAUCCCUCAAGCACUUCCAAAUGACAUGGCUGGACGUAUCGAAGACCAUCCCGAGUACACCAUCGUCACCGACCCCGCGACUCAGCUGGCCAAGAUUGCGACAACGGAUGGACAUAUCGGGCAAAUCUUCUAUCUAUCCCCAGAAUCGUUGAAGAGAUUGAAGAAGGACGCUCAGCCUCAAACAGACGACGGGUCCUAUGUAUCAACCAACGAUGCCCUCUCGGCUUUGAUCUGGCGGAGCAUAAUGGCAGCACAGUUUGACGCCGUCCAGCUGGACGGCAGCGAGAAAUCUGUAUUCAACAUUGCCAUCGACGGUCGAAGACGAAGUCAACCGUUGAUCCACCCGGAAGCUAUGGGCAGUUUCCUCGGCUUCAUCCAGGUAGAGCUCCCCAUCAAGGAGAUUCUCGAGAGCGACAGUCUCGCUGCCUUGUCUUUGCUGAUCCGCAGAGCUAUCAUUACAAUGGAUACAAAGUUCAGCGGUUCCUUCAUCAAUGAUGUCAUUCAGCUUGUCAACAAUCAGAACGAUCUGGGCGCAUUGAUCCCAACAUCGUUUUUGGACGUACCAGGCCAGAACUGCGCACAGACGUCUUGGGAAAAGUUCAAAAUGUACGAUCUAGACUGGGGCCACGCUUUGGGAGGUAAAAUUGCGGCUAUUCGCUCACCUAGCUGCGGUAUUUUGAAUGGCAUGCAGAUUAUGUACCCUCAACAUCCUGAUGGAGGGCGUGAGAUGUUGGUCGGUAUCUAUGAAAGUUGCCUAGAGAAGCUUUGCAAUGACCCGACUUGGACUAGAUAUGCAAAGCGUCGAUAG